GCACUCUGAAAAUAAAUGUCAAUGUUUGCUAUUACAAGAAGUGCAACUGUGAGUUGUGGAUUUUUAGGCUUAAGAUUAACGCGCAGAUAUAUUUUUACGUACAAAAUGAGUGAAAAACCCGCAGAUUAUAGUUUAACCAAUGGGUUCGAGAGCAAAACUCCUUUCUUAAUAGGUGUUGCAGGUGGUACUGCUAGCGGCAAGUCAACAGUAUGCCAGAAAAUUAUGGAGAAGCUUGGCCAGCAACAAAAAGAACAAACAGAUAGGCGAGUGGUAUGCAUAAGUCAAGACUCAUUCUAUCGUAGUCUUACACCUUCCGAGAGGGUUCGGGCUGAAAGAGGUCAAUUCAACUUUGAUCACCCUGAUGCAUUUGAUGACAAGAAAUUAUUGGCCAUAUUAAAAGAAAUUCUUGCUGGCAAGAAAGUUGAAGUUCCUGAAUAUGACUAUGUUACAAAUUCUAUAAGUGAUCGUUCGCACACCAUCUACCCAGCUGAUGUGGUGUUAAUUGAGGGAAUCCUGGUGUUCUACUUCCCUGAAGUAAGGGACCUGUUCCACAUGAAACUCUUUGUUGACACUGAUUCAGACACAAGACUUGCCAGAAGAGUACCACGUGAUAUAAUGGAGCGCGGACGGGACUUAGAGCAAGUACUCAACCAGUAUAUGAAUUUCGUCAAACCAGCGUUUGAAGAGUUUUGCCUGCCGACCAAAAAAUUCGCGGACGUCAUCAUUCCACGCGGAGCCGACAAUUUAGCGGGGCUUGAACCGGGACCUAGAGUGGCCAUCGAUCUGAUUGUGCAGCAUAUAUCUGAAUAUUUAAAAAGGAGUCCGACUGAGAUACCUCAACUGGAAUACGCUGUGUUAACGCGCUCUACCUCAGUACCGGGGAGUCCACAGAAAAGCGGGAAAAGUGGUCGACCACAUUGAAUUCGAUUCCAAUUUUAAAUAGCCAUAUGGCAUCUGUGGUUAUGUCAAUAAAUCACGUCUGCAUAUAUUUAGGCGCGAAUUUCUACAAUUAUCACAGAUUAUAUCAUUACUAGAAUUAUUUUAUGCACUUACAAUAGGUAUUUAAAAAUGGAAACUUACUCAAUAUUUAUAAGAUUUCUCAUAAUUAUAAGAGAUAAUUCAAUUUUAGAACGAAACAUUUGUUUUGUAAAUAUUUUCAAUGACUAGUCGAAAUUAGGCUAAAGAGGCUCAAAGGCGCUAGUACUUAAAAUGUUUAAAUUCGGCUUCGCUUUCUUUAAAAGAUAACAUUUUGGGCCUUUUUUAGAAUUAUGAAAUUUUUGUUUUCUGUAAUAAUGUGAUGGUGUUUUGCAUGACGGCCUAGCUUUGUAAAAAUGUCCAGUAUGAGUUAGCAUCAAUGAAUGAAUGAAUAAAAUUUAUUCAUGAUUAUUUGGGGCGGAACAAUUAUUGUUUUGUUAUAAAUCGAAUCUAACUUUAGAAUUUUAUAAAAGCAAUGUUGAACGGUUUAUAAAUUUUAAAAUAAAAAUAUUUGUAUUAAAUAAUAUAAUCCAUUUCUAAUUAUUAUAAGCGUGUAUUUGAAGCUAACUCAUACUUGAUAAAAUAUUGAUAACCUAAUUAAUCGUUUAGACAAGAUUCUUAAAACCAAAGUUGUAUGUUUUAGUUGACAUUCGUGUUUAUUUAUCUGCUGUGUACAGCGCAUUAAUUUUAAAUUCGACAUAGAUUUUGUACCAAAGAAAAUGAUUAGUUAUAGUGUUUCUUAUUCCUAAUCUGUGAAAGCUAAUUUAAUCUAUGAAAUCAGAAGUUAUAUUUGAGAAAUUGUGUGAUUUAAAUCUUACCUGGAUGGUAAGUUAGUAUUUUUAUUGUUUUAAUAAAAAUAAUUUUAGGAUAACUUUAAUACAUUUUAAAUUAUUUCUGCCAUAAAUUUUUGAGAUCGUCACGCUACAUAUUAAGUGCAGCUUGUGGAGUGCCACAGACAUAAUUGUAUUCCUGCCAUGUCUUUGACAAGUAUAAGCUUAGAUAAAACACGAUGUCAAAUACUUGUAAGAGUACGAGUUAAGUUUUUUAUACAUACAAAAAGACGUCAAAGUCAUGGUAGAUCCACAGAUAUGUCACCGUCGCUGCCGGAUCUAAUGAGUGUGAGACACCAUACGAUGUGUAUGAUUUUAGCGCUAAGAUUGUUGAAUUUGCAAUUAUUUAUUUUUUUAUGACAUGGUUAUUAUAUUUAUGAUACCUAUGGUUGUUUUAAUGUUUACAGUACGUAAUUUUAUUGUUUUGUGUGAUUGCUUAGUCAAUAUUAAAAUUCUAUUUUUCUAACUAUUUCAUGUAUAAGUUUUGUAUCCUCGAGCCUCGACGAAAGUUUUGUGAAUUGUAGUGUUUUAAAUGUUAAUAUCGGUCUUUAACUUUACUUAGUGCUCACUUGAAUCGAAAUGUCACCCGUACUCAGCGUUAGUAAUUAUCUUUAAGGUAGUUACAUAAUUGUAUCUAAAAGUUCAAAUCAGCCACUUUGUUGUUUUUUUUAAAUUACCUUUGAGUUGAGCUGAUUAUUAUUACUUCGUAGAUCUUACCUAUUAUUCACUCGAGCUUUGAUAAACAUUCGAAAAUAAUUGUAGCGUAACACGCUAAUUCUUAAAUGUUAAUUUUAUUUCGCUGUUAUGACCGAAUAAUCACUUUCCACGUGUUGGUAGCAAGUAGUGUACAAUAUUUAUGCAAAUAAAGUUAUUUUGUUAAUA